GGUUUUUACUCCUCGAUGGCAGCUGAAGGGUGGAGGGUUCCAGGUUUUACAGGACUUCAUCAUCAUCAUCUGUCACUCUGGUCCCAGACCAUGAACUACGUGGGUCAGCUGGCAGAGACGGUGUUUGUGACCGUGAAGGAACUGUAUCGCGGUCUGAAUCCGGCCACGCUCACCGGCGGCAUCGACGUCAUCGUGGUUCGCCAGCCUGAUGGCAGCUACCAGUGCUCACCGUUUCACGUGCGCUUCGGGAAACUCGGAGUCCUGCGGUCCAAAGAGAAAGUGGUGGAUAUUGAGAUCAAUGGAGAGCCUGUGAGCCUGCAUAUGAAGCUGGGAGAUAACGGAGAGGCGUUCUUCGUGGAGGAGAACGAGGAUUUUGAGACGAGGGUUCCCGCUCACCUCUGCACCUCUCCGAUCCCCACCGAUGUCCCAGAAGUGUCUGAGGUGAUCGAGUCUCUCUCCAGCGCCGCAUCUUCCUCCAACCGCCGCAAAAAACGCCGCAGGAAACGGGCGCGUUCAGACACGCAUGUGCAUGAGGAUGCCAGCUCAUCCUCAGACGAGAAAGAAAGUCUAGAUCAGGAUGUCCUCAAGGAGGAGUCGCUUUUGGCAGCAAGUAAGUCUGUGUACUACUCUCUGUCGGAGGAACUCUACGAGGAACCGUCUGGAGCUCAGAACAGAGAUGUUCAUCCUCACUCUGAAGGAGAGUGUUCUGUGAAUGAGAGUGUGUUCUUCAGCCGUCCCUCCUCUCCUAAGAGUGAUUCAGAGUUGUGUAAGCCGCAGGAGUCUCUAGGGCCUCAGAUGCAGUGGAACUGGGGCGCUUUUCCCAAGGUGUGUCAGGCGGAGAGGGAUGAAUCUGAUUCGCUGCGAGACCCGCCCAUCAUGCCCUCUGACCACUCCCACUUCCGCACGAUCCAUCGACAAGCAUCCAUUGAUGUGGACAGCACUGACUCUGCAGCGACGGUGACCGUAGUGAGACCCGAACCUCAGAUUGGUACGACCAGCCCUCUUCCAUUAGAUGACACUCGUACAGUUGUUUCUUCUUCAGUUAACACACAACUGGACGUCAAGGUCACCGAAACGCAUGUAGUGACUUUUCAGUCCGCAGACGACUCCUUCCCACAGGCCUGGACUGCACUGGAAAACAAAGAGACCAAAGACUUCAGUGUUAGCAGCACAGACAGUGACACUCAGACGUGUAAUAUAACCAGCUCUACUAACACAAUGCAUGGGACCAGUGCUGUCAGCAGUGCAGCUAGUUCAGACACCGUGGCUCAUGUAGGAAGCCAAGAAACCGGUGAUGAGAAUAAUGUCUCGGUCGCCUCCAAAAUCCAAACCGUCACAUUCGGUGAGACUGAAACAAAUACAGUUAUAGAAGCAGAAACGGAGGUCAACUCAGCGGACACAAUCACCGUCAAUCGCUCUGUGGGAGGCUCAGAGGAGGGGGCGGGAUUAGAGACUUCACAGACCAAUCAGAAUGCUGACAGUGCUGAAGUGACACCAGCUCUGGAGUCCAUCAUCAAAUCAGAGGAUCCGGCGCUUCUUGAGUCCUCGAAAGCAACAGUCUCUCAGGACAAGAAGAAAGUCAAGCGGAAUCAUCAUUUGGGACCAUCUGAUAUCUAUCUAGACGACCUCUCCAGGCUUGACCCUGAAGCUGCUGCCCUCUAUUUUCCAAAGAGGUAUUAUAACUGGGCUGUGGCGGCUCCAAUGAUUCUGUCAGUUCAGGCUUUCCAGAAGACUUUACCAAAGAGCACCAUUGAGCAACUAGUCAAAGAUAAGAUGCCAAAAAAGUCUGGCCGCUGGUGGUUCUCCUGGAGGAGGAAAGAGCUGAACAACAUUGCGGGAAGUCAAAAGCCUGACGCAGAGGGGAAUCAGCUUGAAGCAUCUGCCGCUAUCGCUGGACCAUCUUCACUGAAGAGUUCUGUUGAACUCUCGAGUGAUGAGGAUGGCUCUGUCUCCAUGAGGAAGAACAGUGAAGCGAUGGACACAGCGCAGUGCAUCAGUCAGAUGUACCGCAAAUCCCUCCGGCUGACCUCUGAGCAGAUCGAGAGUCUGAAUCUGCGUGAAGGAGCUAAUACGGUUGUGUUCAGUGUGACCACACAGUAUCAGGGCACCUGCCGCUGUGAAGCCGCCAUUUAUCUGUGGAGCUACGACGACAAAAUCAUCAUCUCAGACAUCGAUGGGACCAUCACUAAGUCAGAUGCUCUGGGGCACAUUUUACCGCAGCUGGGGAAAGACUGGACUCAUCAUGGCAUCGCCAAACUAUAUCACAAGAUACAUCAGAAUGGUUAUAAGUUCCUGUACUGUUCGGCUCGAGCUAUAGGCAUGGCAGACAUCACUAAGGGUUACUUGCUGUGGGUAAAUGAUCAAGGAACGGUUCUACCAAAAGGGCCAGUGCUUCUGGCUCCCAGCAGCCUGUUCUCAGCCUUACACCGGGAGGUGAUUGAGAAGAAGCCGGAGGUGUUUAAGAUCGCCUGUCUCACUGAUAUCAGAGAUCUGUUCAGUCCUGUCACACAGCCCUUCUACGCCGCCUUCGGCAACAGAACUAAUGAUGCAUAUGCGUAUAAGGAGGUGGGUGUACCUGAGACUCACAUAUUCACUGUGAACCCCAAAGGAGAACUCAUACAAGAAAAGACCAAAGGAAACAAGUCCUCAUACUCUCAUCUCAGCGAGCUGGUGGAUCACUUCUUCCCCUUCAUCUGUAAAGAUCCAACCACGUCCUUCGACUGUCCCGAGUUCAGUCAUUUCUCCUUCUGGAGAGAGCCGCUGCCUCCGCUGGACCUCGCUGACCUGAUCUAGACACAAACCCUAUCUGGAGUUCAGCUACACCUCUUUCUCAGCAUUUCUUCUCAUUGUCCUCUAAUGUUUAUAUGAGCCGAAUGUGUCUGUGCAUUUACAGCCAAACCUGCUGUACACACACAACCCUGUGAAUCUAUGCAAACACAAUGCUAAUAGUAUAACACUACACUGAGCAUCUCUUUCUUCAUCAGAAUUGCCCAGAGAAGCACCUUUGACCCCACAGAUAGAAACAAACACAUUAAACUGUGCGAACGCCGCGUGUGCCUUCAUAUAAGCCCAUGCACUGAUCUGGGGUUCUCAUGAAUGUAUGUUCAUUUCAACUUCUCUGCCAAAUAAUGGCCUUUGACCGUUUCUAGUUUUUUUUAAAAUUAUUAUUAUUAUUAUUUGUGUUCCUUUUAAAUAAUUUUUACUAUUACUUUGAGUGGUUACUGUAAGAGUGCGAGUUUGUUUUAUCAGCUGAACUGUAUUUUUAUUUAUUUUGAGCAUUCAAAUUGAGCUAAAACAAAGACAAUCUGUAUGUAUUUGUCUUCCAUUUGUUGAAUUUAAAAGAAACAAUACAAAAAAAACACUUUAAAGUUCACUCGACUGGACUUUCAUAUAGUUAGUGGUGUUUCCCAAAGUAAGCAUCACCUGCUCCUUCAUUAAAUCCUUGCAUCUUGCAUACUUUAUAUAAGGAUGCAUCCAAACGGUGAGCUCUGAUAAAAACAUCCUGGUUAGUUUUAUACUAAUAUCUGUACAGUAGUUGUGCAGUUCUGACAUAAACAAGGAAAUAUCAACCAACAACGCUGUUCAAAUAAUAUUACUGAAAUAUUGAAUAUUAUAUACUCAUGUUAGUGUUAUUUUUAGUUAGGUACACAUCUGACUCUUUUUGACCAAAAUAAAGAGAUAUUUUAUUAAUAUUAAUAUUUUAUUUUUAUUUAUUAUAAAAA